CGUUAUGAGGGACGGGGGACAAACAAGGAAGCAGGGAUGUGGGAGCUGAGUAGUGAAUGGCGGGCGGUGGGUUUCACGCUGUUGCUGUUGCUGGCUGUUGCGGCCCAGGCAGUGGCCCGGGCUCCGGGCCGCUACACCCCGGACUGGAAGAGCCUGGACUCUCGGCCACUGCCGAGAUGGUUUGACGAGGCCAAGUUCGGGGUGUUUGUGCACUGGGGGGUCUUCUCAGUGCCUGCCUGGGGCAGCGAGUGGUUCUGGUGGCACUGGCAGGGCGAGCGGCUGCCGGCCUAUGAGCGCUUCAUGAAAGAAAACUACCCGCCCGGCUUCAGCUACGCCGACUUCGGACCGCAGUUCACGGCGCGUUUCUUCCAACCGGACCAGUGGGCCGAACUCUUCCAGGCUGCCGGGGCCAAGUAUGUGGUUCUGACCACAAAGCAUCACGAAGGCUUCACAAACUGGCCAAGUCCUGUGUCCUGGAACUGGAACUCUAAGGACGUGGGGCCCCAUCGGGAUUUGGUUGGCGAGUUGGGAGCUGCUGUUCGGAAGAGGAAUAUACGCUACGGCCUGUACCAUUCGCUCCUGGAGUGGUUCCAUCCACUCUACCUACUCGACAAGAAAAAUGGUUUCAAAACUCAGCAUUUUGUCAGUGCGAAAACAAUGCCAGAGCUGUACGACCUUGUUAACAGCUACAAGCCCGACCUGAUCUGGUCUGAUGGGGAGUGGGAGUGUCCUGACACGUACUGGAACUCCACAGCUUUCCUUGCUUGGCUCUAUAAUGAUAGCCCUGUCAAGGACCAGGUGGUAGUGAAUGACCGGUGGGGUCAGAACUGCUCCUGCCAUCAUGGAGGAUACUACAACUGUCAGGAUAAAUACACACCGCAGAGCUUGCCGGACCACAAGUGGGAGAUGUGCACCAGCAUCGACAGAUCGUCCUGGGGCUAUCGCCGUGACAUGACCAUGUCCACCAUUGCCAGUGAGAACGAAAUCAUUGAGGAAUUGGUUCAGACAGUCAGUUUGGGAGGCAACUAUCUUCUCAACGUUGGACCAACUAAAGAUGGACUGAUCGUUCCCAUCUUCCAAGAAAGGCUUCUUGCUGUUGGCAAGUGGCUGCAGAUCAACGGGGAAGCUAUCUAUGCCUCCCAACCCUGGAGAGUGCAGUCUGAAAAGAACACAACAGUUGUGUGGUACACCACUAAAGACUCCGCUGUUUAUGCCACCUUUCUGUACUGGCCAGAAAAUGGCAUCAUAAACCUCAAAUCUCCCGAAACAACCUCGGCCACAAAGAUAACAAUGCUAGGAAUGGAAGAAUAUUUGACCUGGACCCAGGAUCCCCAGGAGGGGGUCCUCAUCAAUCUGCCCCCAUUGCCACCUACGGCUCUCCCAGUGGAGUUCGCCUGGACUCUAAAGCUGACGGGAGUGAAGUGAUCGGUUGAGUUCAAGGGCAGACGGCCCUGUGUGCUGCUGCUUGUCUUUCUCUUACCAACAGUGCAAUAAAGUAGCUUCCCUCCCCCACCCAGUGAUGGCUUUUCCAGCCCAUUUUAAUCAGUGGGAACCUAGACCACUGAGCUGCUGAAUGAGUGGAUUGAAGCCUGAGAUCCAUUGCUGGUAUCUCUGAUGAGCAGAAAGCACUGGACAGCUCAGCUGAGCUCUCCCGUUCCUUCACUGGGGUGAAAUCUCCCUUUCUGAUGACGAGCCAAGCCACCUGAUAAUGAGCCAAGUCACCUGUUGCCUGUGGGACCAGGUAAAAGAUCUGGCAAACCCAGCCCCUGUGCCUUAUAUUGGUUGUCACUAAUCCUGAAGGGAUUAAGCUGGUCCUGAAGGGUUUGUCAGGCUGCCAAGGUCAACUCUCUGGAAGUUUGUGAAGAAGGCCAAAACUCUGGCAUUGAGCAUGUCUGCAGAGAUACCAAUGAAGGAGUGUGAUUCUGCCUUGCCUUUUAAAAAAGAUGGAAGUAAAUUUGUAUGUCAGUUAUUUCUACCAAGA